AAAAAACUCCAGAGCUAAACAAACAAACUUAUUAUUUUAAUAAUAUUAGCUCUGUUGAAUUAUAAAUGAUUGUCUAUUUCAAUUAUAGGUAUCAUGCAACAUGGCUUUUCUGCAUAUUCCUGAAAAUAUGCCACCGACGAACCUCGACGGAGGUUUCCACCUUGCUUGAAACCUCCUAUACUCUUCUACAUCGAUUCCCAACUCAAAUCGUUGUGCACAACCCUUGCUUUCACAACAAGUCCUCUUUGAGGCAUUCCGACAAACACCUAGCAGAUGGCCGACGACUCUGCAGUCACCAUUUACGGCAACACCACCGUGUCGGAUCUCAACAAAAAAGAUCAAAAUCCCUUCUCAGUCAAGGUCGGACUAGCUCAACGGCUUAGUGGCGGAGCAAUUAUCCAUGUGACAAACGUCAACCAAGCCAAGAUCGCUGAAUCCGCCGGAGCUUGCUGUGUGAUUGUAUCGGAACCAUCAACACCCACCUCCGGCAUUUCACGGAUGUUAGAUCCAGCUGUUAUUAAAGAAAUCCAAGAAUCUGUCCCGAUUCCCGUAAUGGCAAAAGCCCGAGUCGGCCAUUUUGUCGAAGCACAGGUACUUGAAGCCAUUGGCGUUGAUUACAUAGACGAAAACGAGCUUCUUGCUGCAGCCGACGAGGAUAACUUCAUCAACAAACAUAACUUUCGUGUCCCUUUCGUGUCAGGUUGUCGGGAUUUGGGAGAGGGGUUGAGGAGAGCGAGAGAAGGUGCGGCGAUGAUUAGAACUCAAGGAGAUCAAUCUGGAUCUGGCGACAUUGUUGACACAGUCCGAAAUGUAAGAAAAGUAAUGGGAAAAAUUAGGGUUCUAACAAACAUGGAUGAAGAUGAAGUCUUCACAUUCGCAAAAGAAUUGGGUGCACCUUACGACAUUGUUGCACAAACCAAGCAACUGGGUAGGCUUCCUGUAGUCCAUUUUGCUUCUGGAGGUAUUGUCACACCUGCAGAUGCUGCUCUCAUGAUGCAAUUGGGUUGCGAUGGAGUCUUCAUCGAUUCUGAAAUUUUCAACUCUUCAGAUCCUUACAAACAAGUUCGAUCUAUUGUGCAGGCUGUUAGAAACUACAAUGAUGUUCAUAUGUUAACAGGGCUCAAUCUUAGAGACAAUGGAGGUAGUAGUUACUAGCUACUGAAUCUAAAAAUCAAAACUUUAAUUUCAAUAUGAUAUAACAAGAAAACUUGUGAUAACAAAAUAAAUUGCAACCCUUUCUUGAA